UGCCCUGUACCACUUUGUGGAAACUGUGAGUUCAAAGGAAUGGAUUGUGGUCUCAAGGAUGGAACAAAGCUAUCGGAAACUCAUUGUUUCAAUUGAAAUAUGACCCAUAAAGGUAACACUAAGCAGCCCUUGAUUGCAGGUGUAGUUUUAGGUACAGCGCUUGUUUGCAUUAUUGUCUUCUCACUUUAUCAGCUAUAUUUGACAAGUAGAAAUGAAAGAGAGAGUCGAGUUAGACUUGAAAAGUUUUUGGAUGACUACAAGGCCAUCAGACCAACACGAUAUUCUUAUGCUGAUAUUAAGAAGAUAACAGAUAAUUUUAAUGAAAAGUUAGGAGAAGGGAGUUAUGGAACUGUAUACAAAGGCAGACUUUCUAGUGAAAUCUAUGUUGCAGUAAAAGUCCUACGCGAUUCCAAGGGUAAAGGGGAAGAAUUUAUCAAUGAAAUUGGUACAAUUGGGAGAAUCCACCAUGUUAACGUGGUCCGCUUGGUUGGUUUUUGUGCUGAUGGAUUCAGACGAGCUCUGAUCUACGAAUACCUACCAAAUGAUUCACUUGAAAGGUUUAUUUUACCAGUAAGCUCUGUCUCACUCGUCAGCUGGAACAAGCUUCAACAUAUUGCUCUGGGUACUGCAAGAGGGAUUGAGUAUCUUCACCAGGGAUGUGAUCAGCAAAUCCUACAUUUCGAUAUCAAACCACAAAACAUCCUUUUAGACCAUAACUUGAACCCCAAAAUAUGUGAUUUCGGCCUAGCCAAACUGUGUUCUAAAGAAAAAAGUGUGGUCACUAUGACCGCUGCUAGGGGAACCAUUGGUUACAUUGCACCAGAAGUGUUAUCAAGAAACUUUGGUAAAGUUUCUCGUAAGUCUGAUAUUUAUAGCUUUGGGAUGCUCUUGUUAGAAAUGGUUGGUGGGAGAAUAAAGAUGGAUUCUAAGACGAAUAAUCACAGCAAAGUGAAUUCUUUGGAAUGGAUAUAUAGACAUUUGGAGAAAGGGGAAGAAUUAAAGAUUCGGAUAGAGGAAGAAGGAGAUGGUACAAUUGUGAGAAAGUUAGCUAUUGUUGGACUUUGGUGCAUACAAUGGCAUCCCAUUGAUAGGCCUUCAAUAAAAGAAGUUACUCAGAUGCUAGAAGGAGAUGGGAGCCAUCUCAACUUGUCCCCAAAUCCUUUUAUGGCUACUAAUAUGCCUAAGUUAAAUACAAGUCCUCUCAGUGAAGAUCUAGACGUGAUAUUAGAAAUUGAAUACUUAUUUCUCGAUUUGUAUGUAUUAGAUCCUGAUGAGAUGCACUUGUCCACCAUGAAGAGCAAACCCUACUACUGUCCUUCUUCUGCUUGUGGCCAUAUCCGUAACAUAAGCUACCCUUUUCGCUUAAACACUGAUCCAGAACAUUGCGGAUAUGGUCUAGCAUUUGAGUUAGCUUGUGAAAGUAACCAAACAGUCAUAUGGUUAUUCUCCAAGAAAUUUUACGUUCAAGCCAUCAACUAUAAUAAUCAGACAAUUCACCUGGUAGAUCCAACUUUACAAACACAAGAUGAUCUAUGCUCUUUCAAACCUCAGCAUAUCUUGUUCAACAAAGCCAAUACAAUCUUCCACUCAUACUAUGUAGCAGAUCCCAUUUUCAUGAUCAACUGUCCAUUUGCUGUUAAUAAUUAUUCGACAUUUGUGGAAAUUAUUGGCUGCAAAUUAAGCAGACACACUUAUUUAAAGAUUGGAGUUAUAGAUGCCUCUGCACUCAGCGAUGGAUGCAGAGUGGAAUUUAUAGGCUGGACCUCAUGGCCUAAUAUUAUUUAUACAGAGAACAACAUUUCCCUUUCUGAUUUUCAUCAAGCCAUCCUCUACGGAUUUGAGCUUCGUUAUUAUCUGCGGAGUUCUCCACAACGGAUAAGUAAGGCUUUUUGCGAACACAAUAAUUUCAUGCCAAUCAGAUAUAAUUACUCCCACGUAAAGAGAAUGACUAGAGGGUACAAAGAGAAAUUAGGUGAGGGAGGUUACGGCAGUGUAUACAAAGGAAAGCUUCAAAGUGGAAGAGAUGUAGCAGUGAAGAUGCUGAACAAGCCUAAAGCUGGUUGUCAGGACUUCAUGAAUGAAGUAGCUACCAUUGGAAGGAUUCAUCAUGUCAAUGUGGUUGGACUCGUUGGAUAUUGUGUUGAGGGAACAAAGCGUGCUCUUGUAUACGACUUCAUGCCCAAUGGAUCACUUGACAAGUAUAUCAGCACCAGUCAAGAAGGAAGUCCUCUGUUAAGUUGGCAGAGGAAGUAUGACAUUAUUCUUGGAGUGGCUUGUGGAAUUGGGUAUUUGCAUCGAGGCUGUGAUGUACGGAUUUUGCAUUUUGACAUCAAGCCACACAACAUUCUUUUGGAUGAGAAUUUCAUUCCAAAGAUUUCUGACUUUGGGCUUGCAAAAUUAUAUCCAACAGAUAAUAGCAUUGUCAAUCUCACAGCUGCUCGUGGAACGAUUGGUUAUGUAGCUCCAGAGUUGAUCAGCAGAAGCAUUGGAGCAAUCUCUUACAAAGCUGAUGUGUACAGCUUUGGAAUGCUGCUAAUGGAAAUGCUAGGCUUGAAUAGACAUGAAGUUGCAAAUGAAGAGAAUUCCAGCCAAUAUUUUCCUUAUUAUAUUUACGAUAAGUUCAACAAGGGGAAGGAGAUCCUGGUGGAUGAAGAAGCAAAUGAUGGUGAAAAGAAGAUGGCCAGAAAGCUGAGUUUAGUUGCAUUAUGGUGCAUUCAAACGAAUCCAAUACAACGCCCUUCAAUGAGUAGAGUAUUAGAAAUGCUUGAAGGUGAAGUUGAAGUGCUAGAAGUACCUCCUCAGCCUCUUCAAUCUCAACCGAUUGUUCAUCAGAUGAUGGGAAGUUCUAUGACAUUUUCGUCCGAUUCAAUGGCUUUGUUAGAAAAUUCUGCUAAUAAUUCCGUCAAAGUAGACAUUUGUUCUAAUUGAUUAUAGUUGUGUAUUGUUCAUUUAAAAUGACAUUUAUGUGAGAAGGGCUUCACAUUUUACCAAGGGUCGGGUCUAAAUUGGCCCGUCUCAUUCAUUGCGUUCGCGCUGAACAAAUACACAUGGACAUAAUUAAAAGUCUAUUUUCA